UGUAAGUCAAACUACCGUCCCAUCGGUUGCUGGGCGAGCCGAAGCUAGGAGGUUAGCAUGCUGACCGUAAAGCCAGCGGGAUGGGCCAAACCAUGUGGCAGGUCGUCCUCGGCCGAGUCAUCUCUGGCGCAGGAGCAUCGGGCAUGGCUGGUCUUGUCUCGAUUUUGAUCACUGACUUGCUUCCCCUCCGUGAGGUCGCCCAGUGGCGCGCCUAUGUCAACCUGGUAGCCACGCUUGGCCGCAGCAUUGGAGGGCCCCUUGGCGGCUGGCUCGUCGAUGUCAUCGGAUGGCGGUGGUCCUUCUUCGGCCAAGUUCCUCCCAUAGUGCUCGCCAUCCUGCUCGUGACCUUCUACCUGCCCGGACCAUCAACGGAUGAGCCGGAAUCUCCAGGUCCUGACGGCACUAACACGGCCGGCCAGAAGAGCAGGUUCAGCCGUGUCGACUUCAAGGGCUCCGUGCUCUUUGCCCUGACCGUCUUGGCACUGCUCUUGCCCAUGGAGCUCGGCGGCGUCAAGCUCCCCUGGUCUCACCCUGUCGUUCUCGCUCUCUUCGGCCUAAGCGUUCUCCUCCUGUUCGUCUUUGUUGCCGUCGAGAAGCGGCAGGAGGAGCCGAUCCUGCCGCUUGAGAUCUUCCACCGACGCGACGCCGUCUUUUCCUUCUUGAUCCUCGGUCUUCAGGUUGCUGCACAGUUGGGGCUCAUGUUCUCGGUCCCCCUUUACUUCCAGAUUACCGCGCGGGCAUCCAACACCGUCGCAGGAGCCCACCUGGUGCCCGCCGUGUUUGGAAACGCGCUCGGCGGGCUGAUCUCCGGCCUGCUCAUCAAGCGAUCCGGCCGCUACAAAGCCCUCGUCAUCCUCGCCGUGACGCUCUCCUCCUUCAGCUACCUCCUGCUGAUGCUCCGCUGGCACGGCAACACCAACGUCUGGGAGUCGCUCUACAUAUUUCCCAGCGGUUUCGGCACCGGCAUCGCCCAGUCCGCCGUCUUCAUCUCGCUGCAGGCCGUCGUCGACCCGGCGCACACGGCCCCCGCCAUCUCCUUCAUGUACCUGACCACCACCAUCGCCGUGACGCUGGGCCUGCCGGUGGCCAACGCCGUCAUGCAGGCCGCGCUGCGCCGGAGCCUCGGCGCGCGCCUCCCUGCGCUGGGGCUGGCGCCGGACGAGGUGCGCAGGAUCAUCGAGAACACGGUCUCCGACGUCGACUUCGUCGACCGCAUCACCGGCCGCGUGCGCGAUGCCGUGGUCGGGUCGUACGUCGACGGCUUGUGGUGGAGCCACGGUAACUAAUCCUCUCUCCCCUACCUUUUCCCUCGCAUAACCAACCGCAACAGACCCGUAUUGUGAAGGUGCUGACAGUUUUGCCAGGUGUCUCGUUUCUGUUCUCCGCUUCAGCGUUUAUCCUGGCUCUCUUCAUCAAACAGCGUCCACUCGAUGGGCCCAGGGCGUAGGAACAAACGCCUGCUUUCCUAUUGCUCCGCGAGGCAUAGCCACCUUGCCGGUGUUAGAAAGGGGUAGUACAAAAACGUCAGAAAGAGGCAUGUAUGUGUAUGUACAUUGCGACAUAGACAUAACAACACAGAUGUGCACCACCGAGAUCUGCUCAACAGAUACAUGAAACGCUGAGCAGGCAAGCAGGACGGCUC